GCUGCCGCCGUUGCGUUGUCACGUUGCGCAGAACCUCCAGCAGCUCCUCCGACGUGCUAGUGACUACAGAAGGCCCAGUGUGUGUUUUAGACGAUGCUAGUAGGAGUUACGCAUAAACACCCAGCCUUUUAUCAGUAUUAAUCAGUUGCGCGUCAGGAUGAUUAUAGAAAAUGUUGACGCUCUGAAAUCCUGGCUGGCUAAACUUCUUGAACCCAUAUGUGAUGCUGACCCAUCUGCAUUGGCAAACUACGUUGUGGCGUUAGUGAAGAAGGAUAAACCAGAGAAAGAACUCCGAGCAUUGUGUGCGGAUCAGUUGGACGUUUUCCUUCAGAAAGAGACUACAGGGUUUGUCGACAAACUCUUUGAAUGUCUAACCACCAAAAAUUAUUUGGGAAAUCCAGCUGCUAAAGAAGAGAGUAAAAUCCCAGUGCAGAAGCUUGAGGAGAAGGAAGAGACUAGUCAUGUUGAAGAAGAUAGGGAUAACAGAAGAAGAAGAAGCCCAUUAAGGAAUCGUUCUGACUUCAAUGAAUCAAGGGCUAGAGAUGACCGCAGGAGAGACGACCGUAAGCGGCGGGAACUGGAACGUCACGGAAAGAGCGGAGAAUCAUACCGAGACCGUCAUGAGCGGCGAGGAGGAAGCUCACGGGGGAGAAGCUACAGUCGAAGCAGGAGUCGUAGCCGCAGUAGCAGCCGUGGAAAGAGCCGAGAAAGAGAGCACAAUCAGAGGAGAGCAGAGCACAGAUCCAAAUUUGAGCAGGAGCGGAAGGACACAGAGCCUUACAACCCAUCCUCUGCCCACAUGGGUAACCCACACCACCAGCAGAACCAUCCACCCCCCCUGCUCCCUCUGCCCCUUCCUCAGCACCAGUUCCCCUCCUCAGGGAGCCCCGCUGUCCCCAACGCCGUAUCCGUGGUAGCACCGGCUCACCUGCCCGACAGCACUACAGAGAGCUGGUCCACAUACUUCACCAACCACACAGACGGCAAGACGUUCAACAAGAGCAGCACACUUAAACAUCGCUGCAGAGACUACGACGAGAAAGGAUUUUGCAUACGAGGCGAUCUGUGUCCUUUUGACCACGGUAAUGACCCUCUGAUCGUGGAUGACGUCACGCUUCCUACCAUGAUCCCGUUUCCACCCCCACCAAGCCUGCCCCGGAUGCCCAUGCCGCCUAUGACAGAACCUCCUCCUGGCAUGCCCAUGCCGCUGCCGCUGCCCCCUCCCCACGGACAGCCUCCGCCUCCAGGCAUCUACCCCAUGCCAGGGCCUCCUCUAAUCCCAGCUACUGGGAUAGACACUCCACCCCACUCCAGAACCAGCACCUCUUCCCCUUUGGCCCUGCCUGGAGUGGGACCUCCUCCUCCACCACCACCACCUCCACCUCCUUCUUCUUCUUCCUCCACUUCUGCCUCUCUCCACCCUCAGUACACUCUCUCUGAAUACAGCUAUGAUCCUGAGGCCUAUAACCCAGAGUCUCCGGGACUGACCGGGCCAGGCAGAGCUCAGUACCGCCAUUUCAUCCCUCGCAUCCAGACACAGAGACCCAAUCUCAUCGGCCUCACCUCUGGGGACGGACAAAACUCACGAGGUAUCAGAUCGGCUAACAUAGUAAUCCAGACAGAGCCAUCCAUCACAAGUGUGUUGAGCAACGAGGUGAGGUACAACUCGGAGCAGGAGAACAGGAAGAGAUGUCUGCCAUCUAUAGAUGGACCGCAGGCCAAAAAACCCUGGAUGGAAAAACCAAAUUUCAAUAACCAGCAUAAACCCACCUUCCCGAAAAAGAACCAUUAUGUAAACACCAAACUAGAGGUCCGCAAAAUCCCCCGGGAACUUAACAACAUCACCAAACUCAAUGAGCACUUCAGCAAGUUUGGAACGAUAGUCAACAUCCAGGUGGUGUUUGGGGGCGACCCUGAGGCAGCAUUGAUCCAGUAUACAGCUAAUGAUGAGGCUCGGAGGGCCAUCUCCAGCACCGAAGCCGUUCUGAAUAACCGCUUCAUCAGAGUGUACUGGCAUAGAGAGGCCACAUCUAACACACAGGAACAGGGACCCAGUCAGAGCACAAACCCUGGACAACAACAUCCCACAACACACAAGGUCAUUAAUAAGCAGCACACAGCAGGAUCUUACGUGCUGAAUAAUACCUUCCCAAAACAGCAGAUUGCCACAGGAGCCGCAGGCACAACGGGCCCCACGGGCGGCACUGAACCUACGAGCCCUAGCCAGGAGCCUUCAGUGGGUUUGACACCACCUUCAAGUUUACCGAAGGGUCCGUUCUCACGCACGGUGUUGAAAACCGCAUCAAAAUCAUUGGGAAAAACAGGCAAAGCACUUGAAGCCCAGGAGGUUUUGAAAAAGAAGCAUGAGGCGCUGAAACUGCAGCAAGACAUGAGGAAGAAGAAACAAGAAAUGCUUGAAAAACAGAUCGAAUGUCAGAAGGUGCUGAUAAACCGCCUGGAAAAGAACAGAGGGAUGAAGCCAGAGGAGAGAGCCAACAUCAUGAAGACUCUCAAAGAACUGACAGAAAAGAUCUCUCAGCUGAAGAAUGAGAUCAGCCCGACCUCACAAGCUACUGCCAACACCACACAAACAAAGUCAAAAACAGAUGCACAGAAAGAGUUGCUUGACGCAGAGUUGGAUUUCCAUAAGAAGCUGACGUCAGGAGAAGACACCACAGACCUGAAGAGGAGGUUGGGUCAGUUGCAGGUGGAGGCAACACGGUUGGGUUUGAUCCCGGCUGGGCGGGGCAAGCCACCAGCAGCACCAAGUCGAGGCAGAGGGAGGGGCCGGGGGCGGAGCCUGAGGGGGCGUGGAGGAGGCAAUCACAUGGUAGUAGACCACCGGCCUCGAGCCCUCACUAUCAUUGGCUUCACACAGGAAGAGAAGGAGGAGCUCAUGCCGCAUUUUGUGAAAUUUGGCGAGAUUGAGGAGCUUCAUGACCAUGAUGCUACCAGUGUCGUGAUGACCUUCAAAACCCGAAGUGAAGCGGAAAAUGCUGCAAACCAAGGGGCGAAGUUCAAAGGUCGAAUUUUACAGAUCUCGUGGUACAAACCUAAAACUCCAUCCGUGUCCACUGAACCAGAAGAGGAAGAGUCAAAGGAAGAGGUCAACGCCGCAGGAAUUCAUGUAAUGACGGAGCCAGUUAGCCCCUUUCUGCUUCCAGAGGAAGAGGAAGAAGAUGAUGACGAAGAUGAUGAAUAUGAGAGCCGCUCUUGGAGGCGAUGAGGAAGGGGAAACGGCACCACUUUUUGUUCAAGGACUCUCAUUUUUAGUUUCUGUUUGUGAAUUCUAAUUUAAGUAUAUUUGAUUGAAUAAGACAAAGAGUCUUUUUUAAGAUGGUUUUCAGUAUUUGGAGAAGUGGAAAAAAUGAAACGGCUAGCGGCAUUCUCCAUACGGAGACGUCUGUGGGGACUUGCAGUGUUUCUGUCACUCUGAAAUCUGCAUUAUAUAUCAAACUCUCACUUUUGCUGAGAGUGAAUGCAAAAUGUUUCAACUAGGAAACAUUUUGUUUCACUGUGCAUGACCAGAUAUCAGUAAUUCACAACAUUUGUGACUACUGUGAAUAUUUUUCUUUUUUUUUCUUUUCCAAAUACCUAAAUUGUUUUGCCCAUUUUCCCAGUUCAACGUAUGAUUUAACAUGAAACAUCAUCUGCACUUUGUGCCACUUUGGCCUGUGAUAGAAAUUCUCCCAAUGGACGCACUCGUUUGGCACCAUUCCCAUUAAAGGCAUCUCUUUCAGUUGUUGAGAAACGAUAUGCCCUAAUGAUGUCAAACCCUUUCAAAAGACUUUUGUAUCUGCUCUCUAAAGUUUAGGCAAUAUAUAUCCCCUGGUGGAUUAUUUUUCCUUCUUCUCAAGAUUAAUGUGCCACUUUCUGUAAAUAUAGACUCUAUAUGUGGCAAGAUAUGUGGCAUACUUCAUUUUGGUUAGUGUGUCCGACUGUUCAUAUUUAUUUCUCAAUUCUAGGUGAUAUUCCAAAACCAAAAAGAGCUUUGGAUGAGGGUCAGAGAAAAUUAUUAUUGUUAAUUGAGGUAACAUAUGAACAGGUGUUGUGAAUGUAUUCAGAAUUGAUUUACACUUCAUUUACGCCUUAUAUUGUCAGUGUGCAGCUGACGUUUUAUGAGAUUUUUUUUUUUCUUUUUCUUUUUGUGUAUAUUUUGUAAAUGGUUGCAGUAGUAAUGACUGUUCUCUUCAUUAUUUUAGCCGUUAGAAUGAAUGAAUUGCUGAACGAAUCACAUUCAUGACUCUUAGAGGCUUAUUUAAGUGACUGUGUGACUUAAACUAAACAUCAUGUUGUUGUUUUUUUUUUUUUUUUUUAAACGCUGUCUUAUAUGAUUACACCAUACUUUGAAGAUUUUUUUUUGUUGUCAUAUUUGACACUCCACUCGUUUCAAAAGCCUGGUCCUCCAGAAAUGGGUAUUAAAAAAAAGUACCGUUUCUGUAACCUUAACUAGUAUCCAAUAGCAUGCUGGCAUCUGUAUGUGUGCGUUCAUUUGGAAAAAAGAAAAUAUAUGUACGAAUGCAUAUAUAUUUUUUUAAUAGUCAUAUUUACAUACUUUGCUAAAACAAUUAAGAUAUAAGUUUAUAGUUCCUUUUAAGGAAGGACCAGUGUACAACUUUGAGACUUUAUUAUAUAUACUGUUGAUGUGACAUUUAAUAGCACGUUACUAUGCCGUUUGAAUCCAAACAUUCAGUGAUACACCUGUUUCCCCCACUCUUUCCGACUGAUUGUACUAUAUGUUCUCAAUAUUCACACUGGUUCAGUUUCUCAGUAAUUCAUAUAAGGUCGGGCAGGUCUUAUUAUUGGUUUUGUACAUGAGUCUAAUAGUAGGACUUGGGACUGUAUUUAAAGAAUGGAUUUUGAUCAUUUUUACUACACCACAUUAGUACAAUGUCAUACAUUUAGCAUAAAUAGAUUUUGACUUUAUUACUGUUUGUAAAUUGAAAAAUCUAUGGAUGUAUUUUUCAGUUCUUUGUUUGUAAAAUGGAUUUCUAACAGCUGCAUGUUUGCUAAUCAAUAAAGAUAUUGGAAUGGGGGUGAGCAAGAGGAAUAUAAAGAAAAAAAGAUUAAGUUCCAAAUUGGCCUAAAAUAAAAUGAUUUGCAAGCAACAAACAAACAAAAAAAAAAAAGAAAAGAAAAGAGAAAGAGAGAGAGAGAAAAAAGAAAAAUUCCAUGAUCCAUUCCAAGAAUUAUUCCCCUCUGAAA